AUGGAGCACCGGCCUGAGGUGGAGCAGGCAGCUGCACAGAGCAGCGGAGUGACUGGUGCCCGGAGAGGGUGGACGGCCACCCACUUUCCAGCAGGAAUGCAGCACCUGACCACGGUGCUGGGAGAGGGCACAAUCCGCCCACCUGCCUUGCAUAAGUGCAGGUCUGACUGUGGCAUCGGCAAGGGGAAUGACCCGCCUGCCCACCUGUCCUACUUGUUUAUUUUUGCGCUGAGUUGCCAACCAGUCUUUCUCCUGCUGAAAGCUCAGAGGACAAGGAAUGACUGUCUUCAUAAAAAAUCAGCCACUCUGCCACCAUCCUUCACGGUGACAUAUACAGCUACAGGAAGCCCUAGAACAGCCACAGAACCACCACUUGGAACUACAAUAGGCACCAGCCACGAGUCCACAACAGCCACUCACAAUCCUGCUACCACCAACAGACAUGGAAAUGCCGCAGUUCGUCCACCAAGCAAAAGCACUGCCACCAGCCAAGGAUCCUCCACCAGUUCCCCCAAUCCAGGCCCACCUCCACCCUCAAGUCCUAGCUCAGUCCCCAAGGCGCCAAUAGGAGACUACACUAGGACUAAUGGUUCCCACUGUGUUCAGCUCCGAGCCCAGAUUGAGAUUCGAGUUCUGCACCCAGUCCCAGGUGGAGGAGAGGCCUGGGGCAUCUCUGUCCUGAACUCCAACAAAAUUAAAGUCCAGAGGGGCUAUGAUGGUGCCCAUCCCCACUGCUCCUUUCAUUCCCCAUAUGGACAGCUCAGCUUUGGAUUCAAGCAGGUACUCAAUCCUCAUCCCUCACUCCUACACUCCAAGUACUCUAUCCCCACUAAUCCCUGUCUCGCCUCCCUUCCUCCUCCUCUUCUGAGUUCCCUGGCUGCUCCAGUUCCCUCUCUUCCAAUCCAGCGGAGCCACCCAUUCCCGCAGCCUUCUUCUUAA